AUGGAUGAGGAUGAUUGGCUGAUUGAAAUAACAUUUGAUGAUGUGAAAGAGAUGUUUGAUCCUGUGGUGAAGUGUAUUAUCGAUUUGAUUGAACAACAGUUGGAGGAAUCAAAACGAGAUCUAUUAGUAAAAAGCGGUACACUAUUUGGUGGCAAUGCAAAAGUUGCACGCAAAUUUUUAGUGCAUCCUAAUCAAACUGAGGCCUCAGUUAAUCGAUUAUCAAAUGGUCAUCUUAGUCCAAGUGAAACUGAGCCGACUUUUGGAACAAUGCUUGAGGUGAAUGCGAAACUUCUGCAAACUGAACAAUGUUUUAGAACAAAUUUUCAAUGUUACGUUGAUUGA